AUGGCAUCGACUGAAGACGCAGGGCGUCGAGGCGUCGCGCCCGCGCCGCGGCGGAGAUUUGAACGCGCCGCAGACGAAAACGCCGAGCAGCCUGCGCACUCGGCUGCGUCUUUGUCUCCAGCGCAAAGGCAGGCGCGCGAGCGCCGAGUUUUCCUCUACAUCCCUAACAUCAUUGGGUACGUGCGCCUCGCCCUUCUGGUCGCGGCGGCCUGGGCGUGGCAGAAAGCUUUCGGCUUCCUCUUCGUCGUCUUCUACAUCGUCUCCCAGGGACUCGACGCCGUGGACGGAGCUGUGGCUCGGCGCCUCGGUCAAGUCUCCGUCUUCGGCGCCUGCCUCGACCAGGUCGUUGAUCGCCUCUCCACGUGUUUGCUAUACAUUCUCAACGCGGUCGCGUAUCCCGCAUGGGCGCCAGCGUUUUUUUUCGCGCUGCUUCUCGACGUGGGCGGCCACUGGGUUCACUUCUUUGCGGCGGCGGUUGCGGGCGCGAAGUCCCACAAGCAGCUCGAGGACGCGGAUGUGAAUCAAGUGUUGGCGAUCUACUAUAGCUCGCGGCCGGUGAUGUUUGCGGCGAUCCUCGGCUUCGACGGUUUUUUUCUCUCCAUUCUUCUGCUGGCGUCGCCCCUGCUCGAGUUCUCGUCUUUCGUUUUCCUCCAGAAAGCGCUUGUUGCCGUUGCGUACACCUCGGCGCCUCUCAUGGCCUUCAAGACGCUGACGAACUUGCUUCAGGGCGUCUACGGCGCGCAGCGCCUAGUGGCCUGCGGCUUGGCUGCCGAGUCUUAG